AUGGGGACCAGCCGAGGGCAGCUCGCGAGAGCGCACGAGCAGCGUGAGGCUGCAAGGAGGCAGCAGGAGACCUCACGGAUGGAGAUACAAAAGUACUACUCCCAGCAGCGCGGCAUGGACGCGGUCAGCGGCAACAUGCUGCGGGACGACGUCAAGCGCCACGCGCGCGAGGCGCGGGAGCGCGAGGCAGAGCAGCAGGCGCUCGCUGCGCUCUACACGGCCGACCGCGAGCGCGAGCUGGCAGCCAUCCGCGCGGAAGAGGAGGAGGCGCUCUGCGGCGCGCUGAGCAGGCAGGCUGCUGCGGAGGACGCCGCGGCGCGCGAGGUUCAGCGGCUGCGGGAGGAGAGCGCCGAGCUGAGGGAGCUGCGUGAAAAGCUGCGCGUGGCGCGGGUGAACAAGGAGCGGGCGCUGCAGCUGGCGGAGAAGGCGGAGCUGGCCGCGCGGGAGGCGGAGUACGACAAGGCAUUUGACCAGGUCAUCAUGCAGCGUGACGCCGAGGGACUGCUGGCGCAGCAGGAGGCGGAAGCGGCGCGCCGCGCGGCCGGCAAGAUGGGCAUAAAGGUGGUGGAGCAGCAGAUGCAGGAGCGGCUGCAGGUGCAGGCGGAGGCGGAGGCGGAGUUCCAGCGGGAGCGCGCCAUGGUGGACGAGGUCGUGCGGCGCAUACAGCAGGAGGACGCGCUGGAGGCUGCCGCGCGACGCGCAAAGCAGGACGAGACCAAGGCGUACAUCGCGCACUACCUGCAGCAGCACGAAGCCGAGGUGGCGGCCAGGCGGGAGGCGGCGGCUCAGGAGGACCGGCGAAUCGCAGAGUACUGGAGCAUGGUGCGGGAGCGCGAGGGCCGCGAGGCGGCGCGGCAGAAGGAGCGCCGCGACGCCGCCGCGCGCAUCUACGACCAGCUGCGGCUAGAGGCAGAGGCCAAGCAGCGCGCAAAGGACGAGGAGGACUACCUCAUUGACAUGAUGCGCGAGGAGGAGCAGGCCGAGAAGCGGCGGCGCGACGCGGCGGCGGCGGCGGAGAAGCGCGAGGCGGCGCGGCAGGACAUGAUGGCCGCCAACGCCGAGAUGCUGCGGCUCAAGGACGAGCGCGAGGCCCGGGAGCGCGAGGAGGAGGAGAGGUUCAGGGCCGCUGCGAUGGCGCGCUUCGCGGAGGACGACCGCGUUGAGCAGAUGAACGCGCAGCGGCGGCGCAUGAGGGUGCAGGAGCACAAGCGGGCGGUGGACGCGAUGGUGGCGGAGCGGCGGGCUAUGUUUGAGGCCGCGCGGGCGAUGGAGGCGGCGGAGGAGGCCGCCCGGCGUGCCGAGGAGGAGCGCCGCGCGGCCAUCGUCGAGGGCGAGCGGCGCAGGCUGCUGGCGCAGGCGGGGGACCUGCAGGGGUACCUGCCGCGCGGCGUGCUGCGGGACAAUGCAGACGCAGAGCUGCUGCGCUCAGCGGCUGGCGGCGCCAGCCCGGCCACGACCGCCUCGCCCGCUGGCGGCUGCGCUGCCGGCUUGCCGCAGCCGAGCGCGCGGCAGAGGCGGUGA